ACAAAUCUGAAAGAUUAGAAAUGGUUCCCCAGGUUAAUGUUUGUCCUUUUCUAAAAACACAAAACAAAUGUAUAGUGAGGGAGUGGCCUGGGCAGCACUGUGCAAGAGGUCAGGGGCGUGUGCGCGUGUUGACGGCCAGCGCCGGGCUGCGGCGCCGCAGCUCGUGUGAGUCGGCCCCAGGUCAGACACACGCUCACCUCAGAUGCUUCAGUUAAGCUCAGCAGAGCUCACCGUAUAAAGCAGGGCUUUUUGAGGAAACCAAAAACCGUUUUUGGCUCAAGCUUGGGGCUUCACUGUCCAGGUCUGCAAGGCAUUUGAGGCCGUAUUGGCAACAUAGGGCUGUAGCACCGGAUCUUAUUACAGCGCACUCUUAAUCCCUACUAACAUUGUAACCAAAAUCAUUAUUCAACAAAAACAAGAUGUGGAUUGAUAGCAUGUGUUGUUCCAGUGGUCAGGCUGUUGCAGAUAUUGCCGAGGUUUUUUCUUUGUCCCCUCCCACCUCCCACCGUCUUGUGAGAAUUGCUGAGCUCCGUUGGGUCAGGGGUGGAGCAUCUGCAAAUCUGAUGUCACCGGGCAGCGUCACCAUGGAGACCGUGCCCAUAGUGACCUUGUGACGGCUGCAGAUUGGCUCACCAAGACCUGCGAAUGCAAAGUGCGCAUCAGAGGGUGGGGCCUGCCUCAGUCUCGCGUGAUUGGCUGCUGGAUGGAAUUGAGGUGAAUGGAACACAUGCCCAAAGAGAAAGACCCUAACCUAUCAGAGGGAGAAGAGAAACGGUGGCUCGAUGGUUCGAAGAGGAAGAGAAAGAACAGCCAAUGUUCGGUGAAGAGCAUGUCUGCGCUGAGCCUCUCUGUUCCAGGGUACAUCCCCAGCUACCUGGAGAAGGAUGAGCCCUGUGUGGUGUGUGGAGACAAGGCAACUGGAUACCACUAUCGCUGCAUCACCUGCGAGGGCUGCAAGGGUUUCUUCCGCCGCACGAUCCAGAAGAACCUGCAUCCCUCCUACUCCUGCAAGUACGAUGGCUGCUGCAUCAUCGACAAGAUCACCCGCAACCAGUGCCAGCUCUGCCGCUUCAAGAAGUGCAUCUCCGUGGGCAUGGCCAUGGAUUUGGUGCUGGACGAGUCCAAGCGUGUGGCGAAGCGGCGGCUCAUCGAGGAGAACCGCGAGCGCAGGAAGAAGGAGGAGAUGGUCCGCACCCUGCAGAACCGGCCCGAGCCCACCAGCUCCGAGUGGGAGCUGAUCCGCAUGGUGACGGAGGCUCACCGCCAUACCAAUGCACAGGGCUCCCACUGGAAACAGAAGCGGAAGUUCCUGCCAGAGGAUAUUGGGCAGUCCCCAGUGGCGCCCACAUCUGACGGGGACAAAGUGGAUCUGGAGGCUUUCAGCGAGUUCACCAAGAUCAUCACCCCGGCCAUCACCCGCGUCGUCGACUUUGCCAAAAAACUGCCCAUGUUCUCUGAGCUGCCUUGUGAAGACCAGAUUAUCCUGCUGAAGGGCUGCUGCAUGGAGAUCAUGUCCCUGCGGGCAGCGGUGCGCUACGACCCCGAGAGCGAGACGCUGACCCUCAGCGGGGAGAUGGCGGUCAAGCGGGAGCAACUCAAGAACGGAGGCCUGGGCGUGGUGUCCGACGCCAUCUUCGAUCUGGGCAAGAGCCUGGCACAGUUCAACCUGGACGACACCGAGGUGGCGCUGCUGCAGGCCGUGCUGCUUAUGAGCUCGGACCGCUCAGGCCUCACCUGCGUGGACAAAAUCGAGAAGUGCCAGGAGACGUACCUGCUGGCGUUCGAACACUACAUCAACUACCGGAAGCACAACAUUCCACACUUCUGGCCCAAGCUGCUGAUGAAAGUGACGGACCUGCGGAUGAUCGGGGCCUGUCACGCCAGCCGCUUCCUGCACAUGAAGGUGGAGUGUCCCACCGAACUCUUCCCCCCACUCUUCCUCGAGGUCUUCGAGGACCAGGAGGUGUGAAGCGGGGUUGGCCAUCCGGAGAGGCCGGGGUGGAAGCUGGGGGGAGGGGGGGAGGGGGAGGGGCGAUUACUGCCUCAUCAAACAAUCAAACACACCACCAGCAGCAGACGAGAAAGCCAUCAGAAGGGGUUCGUUUUUUCUUAAAAAUCAAAUGGGUGGCCCUCUUGUUUUUGUCGUUUUUAUAAGCUGUGCUCGUGUUUUUUCACUUUUUCCCCGCCCCCAACGUCCACCCGCUCCUCCGCCCCCCCCACCUCUUCAUUGAUUUCACAAGUGGCGCCCUCUCCUGGAGUGCGCUGGCACUUCACGGCGAAUGAAGUUCGCACGCAAUGCGUCGAGUCACCACCAGGUGGCGGUCUUUGCUGCUGUGCACCACUGUGGCACUGGGGCCCACACCCCUCUCACUGACGUGUUCCCCGAUCCAAUAGUGAUUCAGUUUAUCUCAGCGUUAGUAGACGAAAUCGAUUCUGGGAAACAGAUGUUCCCACAGAAAAAAAGACCAAAAUUUUAGACUCUUUGUAGAAACAUUUGUUCAACAGAUUUUAUUCACUCUUAAUGACUGCAGUGUCUAACAUUAGGAACACACAGAACCCCAUUGGCAUUUUUAAAGGAACUGUUUGCGUCAGCCUUCUCUUUAUUUAAAAGAAGCUUCGUUUGUUAAAGAUGAUUUAAAAAAAAAUCAUUUCAGUCUUUGAAGUAGAAAACAACUCUUUCAUUCUUUUAGGAUCACUGUUCAUUAUGUAAGCUUCUUACCAUGUGUGCAGUUAUCUCUGUGCUACCAGACUGUUUUGUUUAUCACUCAUUUUAAUCUAACAAUGGCAUAUCCCGGAAAGUUCUGUCUCUCAUCUUGUUCUGCUCAUGAGCAAUAACAGAGUCCUUAAAUUCCCAGAGUUUGCAGUGCAAUUCUCUGGCAGAAGAGAGCGCUUCUUCUCCGUGUUAGUCACUGAUCAGACUCCCCUGCUGUUUCCUGUGUGAAAAGGAAAGGUGCUGUGCUCAGCUGGAGAGCUUUGGACAAGCACCGUUUUACCUCGGCAGGCAGGAGCACUGCAGUGUUGUGUCUUCUGAAUGCAUCUGCAGCAGAGCUGCCUCAGUCUGUGAGUCACCUGCUACCUCCAUCUCCCUCCGCCUUUUAUAAAGGCCGUGAGCCCAUCAUGUCAGGUCAGUGUUAGGGGGUCUCUGCACAGCACAGCUGGACAGCCAGAGACAGGGAGGGGCCCUCUGGUCUGCAGAGUUUACUACCUUAAACUUCCUCUAUUUUUUUGGGUUUGUUCUCUUUGGGACUGUUUGUCCACAGACGACAGACUGUCCCCUGUUCCUUCUACCCCCAGCCACAACCAACACCCAACACAUGUUUGCAAUACUGAAUCCACUGCUCAGGCAAUAUUGCAAAUGCAUAUUGGGCACAGAGCUCAGCUCAGGCAGUCUCCGCAGGGCUGAACUUGAGGGUAUUACCCAGAGAGUUUUUUUUUUCUCCCUUGGCAGUAUGAAAGACCAGAUCAGCCUCGACAUUUGAUACGUCACGGCAAAUAUCUCUGAACAUGCAGCGCCCACUUUGCUUGCAUAGUAUAGUACUACAUGGGAGACUUAGCUGUCUGUGCUGUAAUCUGAGCAGUGGUUCUGUAGUGACCAGCUCUACCUCACCUACUUAACACAGGGCAGCUGCACACAGGCCUCGCACAUAGCAGGCUGACUCAGUGCUGUUGGAGCAGACCCAUACUCUGACCUCUGACCUCUGACUUCUGACCUCUACAUCCUGACUCCACCUCACUCCCACUUCACCUCAGUCAAUAGAAUUUCACUGAAACAGGAGGGCCUAGCCAUUUCAUUUUGUAUUAUUUUAUUUAUUUUAACUUGUUUUCAUUUAUUUGGGGUUUUUUUUUGGAGGGGGGACAACGACGACACGGGGGGGUUGUUAAAAAUCAGUUUGCGUUGUUUAGAAAAUGUGGGACCAAGUGCAACUCUGGAUUCUCCUCUUUGAAGACAAUAUAAAGAAAAAAUAUAAAGAGAAAGAAGAUAAAGCAAAUUGCUAAAGAAGAGGUUAAAAUAUUAAGUGAAAAUGCAGAGGGGACAGUUUCGGUAAAUGGCGUUUCACUGUUUUUGAGGAUAAAACAAAAAAGACAACCUCUUUUGAUUGCUAAGCAGUCAUUCAUGGAGGAAGGGGGUGUAUCGAGCAAUGAUUGGACAAGACCAAAACGAGGCUGAGGAAUUGCGUGGUCUUUAUUUUACAACAAUUACAACAGAUGUCCACAUCGGUGUUUAUGGUCCUAUCGCAAUCUGAACAUGCGGAGAGACUGCCUGCUUCCAGCGCAAGUGAAAGACAGAUCAAUCAACCUGAAACCACGCCGCCUUCGUGAAAACCUUGAAGUGGACAUGUAAUGUCCGGCCUCCCCCACUCCAGCCACUCUUCCUCACAGGAAAGACGUGGUGCUUUGUUUUUCAGGCUGUGGAAGCCCCAGGGUUGAUAAAAUCAAUCUCAGUUAGGGUGAGCACCCCUGUCUCCUCUACAGAUGGAGCCAAGAAGAGCUCUGAGCCCAUACCCUGCGCCCCAUGCUCUCCAAUCAUAAUGUCACGUAUUUUUGCACUAAAGUGGCCAUCCUACUCCCCCUCCUGACCCCCCUCAUUCCCUCUCACCCAAGCACUUUCCUGCAAUUUUUUAUCCAUUUUGCUUAACAUAGCCAAGCCAACCCGCCAGUGGUAAACGCCCCACAUUUGUGCCAUCCGUAUUUAAAAAAAUACACUGGGAAAAUAUCCACUAUUGGGGUGAAUUCCGCUGGUUUCCUGGUCUCUUGUCAUCUGAGCACCGCAAUGCAACUUCUGAAUCGCAAUCCCCUUUUGAAAACCACCAUUAAAUGAAUGUGAAAAAAAAAAUGCAAAGAUUCAAUCAGGGUCUUGAGUAAAAGUACUACAAAGUAGGCCUGUGAGAGUGGUGAAAUUAAAUUUUCAAUGUAAAAUGGAUUAGGAGAGGGGAAGAGGGGAUUGGUCCAAUUCAAAGAGCACUUAAAGGGGAGAUGGGAUUAGUCCUAUUAAAAGAGCACUUGGAGAGAGGGGAGAUGGGAUUGGUCCAAUUGAAAGAGCACUUAAAGGGGAGAUGGGAUUGGUCCAAUUGAAAGAGCACUUGGAGAGAGGGGAGAUUGGAUUGGUCCAAUUGAAGGAGCACUUGGAGAGAGGGGAGAUUGGAUUGGUCCAAUUGAAGGAGCACUUGGAGAGAGGGGUUUGGUCUGCUAAAAUCAGGACAUGGUUCAGGCUUUUGUAAACAUGUGGGAGUUUGACCUGUGAAACAGCAGGGAGAAAUUACAGUGUGAGAUUGUGGGAAGGUCUCUAGGUAAACCCAGUCAGCCCACCUGGCCAGCAUGUGCGGUGACAGCCUUCAAAUACACACCAGCUACCUGGACAAGACCUGCGACCAAGACAGCUCCUCUCUCACACCUGGACUCUGGGGUUUACAAGGUUGAACUGAACAAAAUCUGAAAACAACCACCACCUACCCUUACCCUCCCUCCCUCCCCGGGAAAGUUGUGUAGAAGAAUCUGUUCCUCCUUUUAUCAUCAGAAAGACAGGAGAAGAAAAUAAUGGCAUUCCAUGUACACGGUACAGGAUUAACUCUUGUAAUGGGAAGAAAAAAGACAACAAAAGAAACGCCAGAACCCACAACAGUGUUUCUGCAUUCUUGCGAGCUGACUGAUUGGAUGUGUGUCACUCUAGGGGGUUUAAAAUGCUGCUUUACCUUCUCAUUUAAAUUUUAUUUGAAAACAAAAAAAAAAAUAAAAAAAUGAAAAGAAAGAUGACUUUUUUUAAGACUCCGGAACAAAGCUAAGAGCUUUGGAGAAUGAGCUGGGGUUUUUUUUUUAUUACUAUUCUUUUUUUGUUCUUGUCGACGCUAAACUGCUCUGUGUGAAAUCAGCCGUAGUCACUUUUGACCAUGUGUGCAGUGUAACCUAGACAAAACCCUCACUUCCUCUACAGAUCACCUCUAGAUUGUAUCAGUAAGCUAACUUGCUCUGUCGUCUGUACGUGUGUCUGAAUCGUCCGUCCCCUUUUUUUAUGAGGAGGAGCUAUGACAAACAUCAACAGGACUUUUUUUUUCUUUUUUUAAAAAAAAAGAGACUACAAAAAAAAACAAAACAGGCAAAAACCGAACAGGAAAAAUAAUGCAACAGAAACUGAAAAUAGAUGCUGACUGAGACACAAUCUUCUCAUACCUCACACAACACAAAACUCAAAAGAAUUUGAAAGAGAUUGAAGAUAUGUAUUUACAUGUGUGCGUGUGUCUGUAUAUGUAUAAACGUAUGUAUAUAUGGGGAUUAGAAAGCUAAAUGGUAGAAGGUAAAGCGUCAUCUAAUUCAGGUUUUGGACAAAUAUUCUUUAUAAGAGUGAGCAGGGAGUGGAGUGUGGGACAUUUUAAAUUUACUAAACAAAGGCUCUAAAGUUGAGAAGGGCUGCAGGCAAAAAAGUAGCUUAUUGGAACAAUAGGCUCUGCCUCCACUCUGAAAGGAGUGCAUUCAGUCUUGGGCUGACUGCAUCUCUAGCAAAUGAUAGCAAAGCUUGCUUAUUUCAGUGUUAAUAGUGUGGAGCUUCAGAAUGUCCAACACGAAUUGUCCACACCCUCUGUAAACUGGGCUGGGCUGAACCACCACAAAGCUGUGCACGAGUGUUUUACAGAAUCUGUGCUUGUACAUGUAUACAUACAUCUAUACACGCACACGCAUGUAUAAAUAAGGUAUUGAAUGUAGCUGAUGGGAGACUGGGCUGGAACUGAGCCUGGGAAUUCACGACCUCAUUGUCGGGUCACCAGCAGAAUGAACUGGACAGUGGAGUCAAGCUGACGUUACACACAGUAAACUGAGAAUAUUGCCCAGCUGUAAGGUGCAAUAUGUUCUAAGUGUAUUCUUACUUUUUUGUUGUAAUUUUUUUGUUUUAUGUUUUGGCCAUAACCAAGGAUGUAAAAUAAUAUAUAUUUAUAUAUACCGCUCAAAAAGCCAAAAAAAUCAGGGAUGAGGCAAAUAGUAGAUUAUCCUAUUCGUUUAUCCCUUUUUUUGGGAGCAAAAUAUAUACAUAUAUGAAUGCUGCAUACAUUCGUGUGUAUGUAUGUGUAUUUGUAUUUGAAAAUGCCCCAUCAGGUAACAGUCCUGAACUCCUGGCUUAAUUUUUGCAUGCAAAGAGAAAGUCCUUCCCUGAAUUUACUGCAUUGGGAACUGUCUGAUGUGUUCCAGGAUUGAAUCACUGCAGCGGGCACGCACGAGCUUACAAACAUCCCUUCUGUCUGAUUUGUGUCCCUUGGUGUUUCAGUGGAGUUAAGAGGCAGUGUAGGCUCACAAGUGAGCAAAGGGACAGUGGGGUGAUGAGUGGGGUGUUGUGAGGAAGUGACCCUCUAGUGGUCAGUGCUGAGACACAGCGGUCAAGCAGUUAGGAAUGGAGGGGAGGAUGGGAAAUGAGUUGCUUUAGUGAGAUUCUAAAGUGUGUGUGAGGGGGGGUAUUAAUAGUUUCCAGAGUUUGCCAAUACCUGCACAGUCCAGUCCUCCCCGCCAGCAUGGUCUUACUAUACUGGCAAGAGCCACUUUCAGCAAGCAGAGCUCUCUGUGCAGGGCACUGUACCAUUCUUACCAUUUUCCCAGGUAACAGUGGUCUUUAAGACCCGCUUAUUAGGGAGGAGAUGCAAUGAAAACCCUGAUCUUAUUGAAGGAGCAAUGUCAUAAGCAGUGACCUUUGCACACCUCAACACUCCUUGCAAAAUUUGACCAUCUGCUACCAUUGUUUUUUUGUAGCCUCAAACCUACAUACCCAGAAACCAUGGCCAGGCUGUGUCUCCCCUACUGUCCUGCACACUUUGUGCACCCAUCUCUCCAGCUUGUGCCUGAGGACACCAAGCAGUUCUGUCUCGCCUUGUUAAAGACAUGCUGCUGGCCUCUGUCAAGGCAUUGACCAGCCCCCUGUAACCGUGGUGCACUGCAGUGAUUUGGUUCUGGGAUUCGUCAGGCAGAUAUGGGGAGAUUGUUGCAAUUACUUUUUGAUGC